CUGGUUACAGUUUAAAGGACACUGUUUGUGGAGUAAAGCCUAUCACAUUAUCAAAAUAUGUAACUAAAGGAUUACAGUAUGACUACCUGUGAUUUUAUUUCUAUACUGCUGCCUUAAGAAGCAAUGAGUAAAUCUAAAUUAUGUCGUAAGACUUCUUUUCCAAGAAGCAAUAUAUUCUGCAAUCUUAUUGACAAAACUGUUAAGAGACCCUCCUUGCAGUUUUUGGGUCAAUGGGGAUAUCACUGUUAUGAACCUAGGAUUUACAGAACACUGGCAAAAAUUCUGAGGUAUGUCGACUUGGAUGGGUUUGACAUACUACUCACAGAUUAUAUUGCAUUUGUGGAAAAAUCAGGAUACCGUUUUGAACUAAAUUUUAACCUUGAAUUUACUGAAAUAUGUGUGAAUACAAUUCUGUACUGGGUUUUUGCCAGAAAAGGUAAUCCUGAUUUUGUGGAAUUGCUUCUUAAGAAGACAAAAGACUAUGUUCAAGACCGAAGUUGUAACCUGGCACUGAUAUGGAGAACUUUCACACCAGUAUACUGUCCAAGCCCACUAAGUGGCGUCACACCUCUACUCUAUGUAGCUCAGACAAGACAGUCUAACAUCUUAAAAAUACUCCUGCAAUAUGGAAUCCUAGAAAGAGAAAAAAACCCUCUCAAUAUUGUCUUAACAAUAUUGCUGUAUCCUUCAAGAGUGAGAAUAAUGGUUGAUCAUGAAUUGAUUGACAUUGAGGAAGAUGCCAAAACAUGUUUAGUGUUAUGUUCCAGAGUGCUUUCCACCAUUUCAAUCAGGGAAAUAGAGACACAACUGAGCUUAGGAAGACAUCCAGUUAUUUCAAAUUGGUUGGAAUACAUUCCUUCAACAAGAUACAAAGAUCCAUGUGAACUAUUACAUCUUUGCAGAAUAACCAUCAGGACUCAACUACUAACCAACAAUAUGCUCCCAAAUGGAAUAUUUUCACUCGUAAUUCCUGUUCAUCUACAGAGCUACCUGAAUUUAGAAAGCUAAUAUGCAUCUUUAUCCUAAGUCCUUUAAAGAUGCUCACCAUUGUGCCACUUUGAAGUUAAUAAAUUAUUAACUUCAUG